AUGUCUGAGAAACUGGACAGUACAAGUUCCCCAGAUGAAGAGGCGAACAAGAAGAUAAAGUUUGAUAUACCUUCAUCAAGCGGAUGGCUCAGAAGGGGUGCUACUGUUCCAGCGUUGUUCUACUCUAAUGUUGGACAUGGAGAUGGCUCAGAAGAGGGUGCUAGUGUUCCAGGAGAAAGUGUAGUAGCUGAUAACUUGAGCCCAUCAACGGAGAAUACUCCCAGAAACCAGGACGACACCGCCCCAGCUGGCAGUCCAUCUCACUCAGGAGCAUCAGCAAGCACUUCAAUUGUCUAUAACAAGAGAAUCCUCCGCUACAAGAAGAGCUUAACCCAAGGCGAUAUCUCCAGGGGCGAGCUCAUGAUUCCAAUAUUAUAUGGUAGAAAAUUUCUCCCUGAACCUCAGGAACAUGAUGGAAUAUAUGAAGACAUAAAAGUAGCAUUUAUGGACCACAAGAGACAGGUCUGGCCGAUGGAGGCUUAUUUCUCAGAGCGGACCAGCUCCUACAUGCUUGGGUUGAACUGGGAGAGAUAUGUGAAGAAAUUUAAAUUGGAGCCCGAGGAUAUGAUUUUCUUUUAUCAUGAUCCAGCUCUUCCCACUUACGACCACUACUUGAUGGAAUUUGAAAAAAAAGGGCGCGAUAGCAACCCCACGGAGAAGCCUAGCGAUCCCACGGAGAAGCCUAGCGAUCCCAAGGAGAAGCCUAGCGAUCCCACGGAGAAGCCUAGAGAUCCCAAGGAGAAGCCUAGCGAUCCCACGGAGAAGCCUAGAGAUCCCAAGGAGAAGCCUAGCGAUCCCACGGAGAAGCCUAGCGAUCCCAAGGAGAAGCCUAGCGAUCCCACGGAGAAGACUAGCGAUCCCAUGGAGAAGCCUAGCGAUCCCACGGAUAAGCCUAGCGAUCCCACGGAUAAGCCUAGCGAUCCCAAGGACACCACUUGA